AUGACGACGAUGAUCUCUAAUCUUCCAAGGGAUUUGAUAGAAGAGAUUCUGUCUAGGGUUCCCUUGAAAUCUAUGAGAACACUGCGAUUAACUUGCAAAAAGUGGGGAACUAUUUUAAGAAGUGAGAGCUUUACGAAAUUGCACAUUAGUAAAGCAACAACAAGAGAAGGGGAGUCUACAAUGAUCACGUUGAUUAAUAACCAACUUUAUUUAACGAGCGUCGUGGUCAGAAACGACGUUGACCCAUAUACAGAGCCUAGAGGUAAACUUAUGUCUGAGCGUCAAGUCAAGAUAUCUCAAGUCUUUUACUGUGAGGGUUUAUUGUUGUGCAUCUUGAACGAAACUACAGUUACUAGGUUUGUGGUUUGGAAUCCGUAUUUGGGGCAAACAAGGUGGAUCAAACCCCGAUAUUCUCAUCGAAAGGACAUGUUUGGUAAGGAUAGGUUUCAUUACUCUCUCGGAUACGUGAGUAAGAAAUCAUGUCGCAGCCACAAAUUCUUGAGAUUUAUAGAUUAUCAUAGGUAUCAAUACGUACACCAAUUUUUUUGGUAUGAAAUCUACGAUUUUGACUCUGAUUUAUGGACAACUCUUGAUGUCACUCCACACUGGUUUAUACCUUACAAGAAUAGUGGCAUUUCCCUCAAGGGAAACACAUACUGGGCUGCUGAGAAAAGGGAAAACGACUACAGCAAGUACUUGAUCUGUUUUGAUUUUACAAGAGAGAGAUUUGGACCGCUUCUGCCUUUGCCGUUUAGCGUUAGAGAUCAUGCAUAUAUGAUCUUAUCUUGUGUUAAAGAAGAGAAGCUUGCAGCUUUAAUUCAGCGCCACGAGACACAUGUACAUGAAUUUGAGAUAUGGAUUACAACUAAGCUUGAAGACGAAAUGGUGUCGUGGAGCAUGUUUUUGAGAAUAAACACAUGGGCAAUUAGACACGAGAGUUUCGUUAUUGACGAGGAGAAGAAAAUCACAAUGGGGUCUAAUAAAAAUCUUAGAACAAUUAACAUCAUCGGAGAGGCUGGAUACUUUAGAGAAUUGGAUCUUGGAGAACAUGUUGAAAAUAACUGUUUGUCACAUGUGUGCUCUUAUGUUCCAAGUUCGGUCCAAAUCAAGGAACUUGCACAAGGCAACAGAAAAAAACGUCAAAGUAAUCUAGAAAAUCGUCGAUUUAAGCAAAACAUGUCGAGACUUGUCGCAUUUGAGAAGGCAGUAAGGAGGUAG